UUCGUGAAGAAGGCUUCAAGAGAGAAAACACUGUCUCUGCCACUAAGCUUAAUGUGCAAUUAAUCGAGCACUUGUUGAAAAGUUAAUUGUACGUGAAAAGGAUACUGCAUUCCGGGAGCUGGUAAAUCCUCACCUAGCUUGAGAUAUAAAUCUUCAUGAUGCCAAGAAAGAUGCAACAAGCAAGUUCUGAUCAUUCUCCAGACCUGAUGAAAGAAACCUGCAUCAACGUGGAACUUCCAAACAAGGAAAGUAAGCUUCAUAAAGGAGCUGCUGUAUUGUCUGGAAGCAACAGUCCAGAAGACACCUUCAGUCCUUGUGAAACACAACCAGUAUCAGUUUAUACGGACACCACUACACCGCCAGCUGACUGCACUCAAAGACAAGGGUAUACUGACUCUUCACUUCUGAAGCUUCCAAUAGAGGAGUGCACUGGGAGCCGUCACACAGCUUUCCAGUUUGACCGACAUGCUAUGGCCAGAAUUUCCACUUCUCCAACCUUAAGGCGAUUAAGGAUGGCCUCUGCUUCACAGGCACUGACAUGUCAGGACUCCUCUGACACAGCUCCGAUGGGGAAUCAAACGGAAUGCACAGGCUCUCUCCACCAUAUUUGCAAAACUCCACCCUGGUGCACAAAGUCUUCCUCACUGUCAUUGCCUUCUUCUGUCUACAUGAAAUUACUGUCUUCUGAAGCAAAAACAGAGAUGACUUUAGCAGACCCAGAGUCUGCCAACCCCAGAUUCAAGUUACCAAGCCAAGGUCUUCUCAGCAAUGGCACUUCCAAGGAGAUGCUCCAAAAUUCUUGGCGAGCCAACUCUGCUACACUGCCCAGGAAAUUCCCCCGCUUCAGCUGCGUGUCACAGGAGGGUAUCCAGAAGAGUGGAUUGCCUACACAAAGAUCAGCCGAGCGCAGGCGUAGCUCCGUGGUGGUGAGCUUGCCAGGACUCGAGGUGUUCCCUGGAGACCUGCUGGUGUCAGACAGUGCCUUGGACUACCUGCCCCACACAGCCCUGCUGCUAAACGCAGAAUCCAAAAAGCCAAGGUGGCCUUUUGCCAAAAGAGGAGUUGUGAGUAUUUCACCAUGUUCUUUCCCUUUCACUGACCUUGCUUUCUCACACAACUAACCUGGGUGAAAAAGUUUAUUUAUGUCACUGCCUAUGAAGAAAGGCAGCCAGUACAUGAGCUGAUAUUGGAAGUUGCAGCAUCCCCAGGACCGAGCAUCCUCUUGGUCAUUCAUCUGCUGUGAAGGUAGGGUGGUUCUAACAGCACAGCCUCUGCACAUGCUAAGACAACUGGCAAGCACCCUUGCCUCCCAACCCAGCAGGGAGGCAGAAGGAGUGAUCCCCACUACACAGCACCAAAGGGACAGAGAAGGACAGGUAACAAAGGUACAUUUCUCACAGGAGAUGUCAUUUGAGGACUUUAGCUGCAAACACCGAAGGCAGCUGCCCAUGGUAAGAGCACAAGGUGUUUAUGUCAGGCUCUGCUACAAGUUGUGCCAGCUGGGUCCACAGCUCUGCAUCUCACCCACCCAAGCAGCACCUCUAGGAGGCUGCUUCCAGAGCAAGAGCCUUGGUGACUCAGUCACAGCCUUGCUUCAAACACACCUUCAUGUAUUUUCCGCAUGCCAAUCCAUACCACUAAAUUUGGGUUCAUAAUACUGCUUAUGCUUUUUUAUAUAGCACUGCUGGCCUGAAAAGUAAAGCCAAACCAAAAGCAA